UUUUCCCUUCACUAAUCAUUGAUCGCAAGUUAUGGGGUUCAACGGACUCCUUCAGCUACUUUUUCUACCGCUUAUCGUUGCAACCACUACAGCUCUCGCACUUCUCAUUCGCGCAAGACGAAGGUCCCUGAAUUUCCUUCAAGGCCCACCUACUCCUUCUACCUUACUUGGCUUCGAAUGGGAAUUACGACGUGUACGAAGUCUGCAGAGCUUUGAGGUAGCUUGGUCGAAGCAGUACGGGACCGCAUACAAGUUACCUGGGUGCUACGGGGAAGACAUUCUCUCCGUCUCGGAUCCCCGUGCACUCCAGCAUAUCUUCCACAAGGGCGCGUACCGUUUCAAGAAACCUGGAGAUGUUCAACACUUCAGCAACCAUAUCUUUGGACCUGGGAUCGUUACCGCUCAAGCUGAGAACCAUCAAAGACAACGAAAGAUCUUGAACCCAGCUUUUUCAGUGGCACAAAUCAGACGUUUUGCUUCAGUUUUCCUUACCUCCGCCAAAUCACUUAUUAUGAAAUGGCAAGGGGAGCUCGAAGCAAACGGAGGGAAAGUAGCCGAUGUCGAUACUGUCAAGUGGCUUCCCAACAUGACUCUGGACGCUCUCGGCGCAAGUAUAUUCGAAUAUCAAUUCGGUGCAUUAGAUGGAAAGGAGAGUAGUGAGUUGUGCGAUAUCAUUCGGGAUUUAUUCCUCGACUCUCGCAACCCCACGCCGCUGAAGAUGCUCAGAGGCGCUUCCUUCCGAUUCUUGCCGCGAUUCAUGGAACGGAUUCUCGAUGCGUUCCCGACCAAGGAAGACAAGAGAUUCGCCCGCUGGCUUCGUAGGAGUCAGUCAGUUGCCGGGGAACUAGUCAAAAUGAGGGGCGAUGGAAGUGAUGAAAAGGACAAUGAUUUGAUGGGUGUUGUCUCUCGUGCACUUUACGCGAACAGUCCUGAGAAGCACUUGAGUACGGAGGAAGCAUUAUCUCAGAUGGCAACGAUCAUUUUCGCGGGACACGAAACAUCUGCGUCCUCAUUGAACUGGGUUCUCUAUGAACUCGCCAAGCAUCCCGAAGACCAACAGAAGGUGUUCCAAGAGAUCAACGCCCUCCGCAACGGAACUGGAAAUAACGGUGAAAUUUCACCAAAGGAGCUUGACUCUUUGGUUUAUCUGAAUGCUGCCAUUAAGGAAUCCCUCCGCCUCCACCCCAUCGUACCCGAACUCUUCCGAGAAGCCAUAAUAGACGAAGUCAUCCCCUUAGAAUACCCCGUCAUAGACGCCUCCGGGUCGGUGUUGUCAGAGAUUCCAGUGGUGAAAGGACAGAGGAUUUUUGCCGAUAUCACGACUUACAACCGAUUGAAACAAGUUUGGGGAGAGGAUGCCGAAAUAUGGAAUCCGGACCGUUUCGUCGACAGCAAGAUGCACACGACAUUGGGUGUCUUUGGGAACUUGAUGACGUUCAGCGGAGGUAUUCGUGGGUGUAUUGGGUGGAGGUUUGCGUGAGUUUUUCCCCUACUGGUUACACUUGUUGUGAUUCGCAAUUGGGACCCUGUGUUGAUUGACUUCUUCCUUGAUUCUCUUAGUGUGCUGGAAAUCCAAGUCGUCCUGGCCGCGUUGGUUGAGACUUUCGUCUUCGAGGUGCCUGAGGGUGUAGAGAUGGAGCAGGUUCGAGCCGGCUUGGGGACACCUAUGAUCAAAGGGAAUUGGCAGAAGGGGGUUACAAUGCCGUUGAAGAUUCG